GGGCGUUUGUCGGCUGCGUGUGGCUCCAGGACACUGGUGUUCUCCACCAGAGGGCUAAUCACCGCGCGUUAAAGCCGUUUUUCCAAGUGUCCGCAUGCUGGAAAUGGACAAAUUGCGCAUCCGCACCGCAGGAGACAACCAGUCUGUGCAGGUUACUACCGCAACCGCUGUGGUUUACAAUGGGAUGCGAUGAAGCACCACCUUCAUCCUCCUCCUCCUCCUCAUCAUCAUCCGGAUCAUCUCAGCCAUCCGCAUCCUGCAAACACACACUCACUCACACACACACAAGCUUUUACGCACAGAGCGCAGCGCCGCAGGGAAUCAUCUCGCCACAUUAAGGGCUCAAUAAUCUGAAUCUGAAAUAUAAAAAUCUUACUUUCUCCGACCACCGCCUUUAAUCCGAUAGGUGCCAUGAUGCUGCCGAGUGCUGGGGCGACUGAUCUCCCUCUGCUUCCUCCCUCUCUCCCCUCCCUCACCUCCCAGCGCCGUGGAGGAGCCUCCAGCUGGAGACGUCACCGCGUAUCCUUCCGCAUCGUCCUCUCAUUGCGCAGAGACUGAAGCUGAUCUGAGGCUCCUGGUUCUGGACACACCCUUGGCAGCGCCGACUGAACACGUUGGACCAGUGAUGACUCCCAGAGGGUGUGUCCUGCACACGGCUGUGAACCAGCCCAGUGUUCACCUCCUCCUCCUCCUCCUCCCCCUCCUCCUCCUCCAGAGAGAGGACGCAGAGCCGCGCGCCUCUCACCAGGAGCAGUGCGACACUUUUACGCAGCGGCUCAGUGGAUAUUUGACUCUUUGCUGGAAGUUUCCACCCGAAGCCCAGUUUGACCUGGAGGACUCUGGUACCUGCAGGACCUGUCGGGCUCUCCGGUCACCAUGGGGGACGUGGUUUCCUCUCACCUGGAUGAGAGCAAGAGGGAGAUGAUUACAGCUCGGACCAGAGACGUGAUGAAGGAGUUCGGUGACGUGUACGAGGAGCAGUACGCCGUCGCUCUCUUCAACACCGUCCGCUACGAGAUCGAAGGAGGAGGCGGGACGCAGUCGCAGCUGCUGCACCGACAGAACCCUCUGGCGGACCGGACCAUUUUCUCCGGGAGUCUGUUUCAGUACCUGGAGGAGAACAGGAAGUGGAGGAAUCGCUUCGUGUCGGUGCCGAACACCUACAGCAUCGACCUCUAUGAGAGUAAAACUGCACACGAUCGGGGGCUGCAUCCGAAAAGCACCAUCAACGUUGCCGGGUACAAGGCCCUGACCUCGAUGGAGGAGUACUUGGAGCUGAUGAACACCAGCCUGCCAGGAAUCAAGGCCAGAGUUGGAAAUCAUCCGUUCAUCAAGUGCGCGACCCAGUUCCCGCUCAUCCUGUGGCACCCGUACGCCCGUCACCACUACUUCUGUGUGAUGACGGAGAAGGAGCAGAAGAAGUGGCACGCCGUGCUGCAGGACUGUGUCCGACACUGCAACAACG